CAUGUAUCCAAGUAUUUUUUUUUUUUUAGAGUCACCGUUAAAGGAAAAAUGCUUUUAUGGAACCUUGUAAAAAUACAUUUAUCAAAUUAGCUUCAGGGUUUUUUUAUUGUGAAGAAAAAAUUCGAGAAUUCUCAAGACAUGCAUAUGCCUUUGACAAAAAAAAUGAAGCAGUGAUGACGUUUGAAAUUUUGUUUUUCAAAUAAUAAACAGAAUACGUAAAUUUUCCAUCUGUAUGCAACAUGUAACAAAUACUUUGCUUUCUGAUUUCAUAAUAAAUUCUAAGAGUAAAACAGUAAAAGUGGAUCCUUCAUAUUAAUGUACUCAAAAGAGUAGUUAAAAAGAUUUCGAAUGGUUUAAUGUAGGAGUGUGUAUUUCAUUAACUCUUAGUGUUCCUUGUAUGCUGCUGAGAGGUUUACUAAGAGAAAUGUGAAAAGUAUACCUUUUGUUACUAAUGGACUAAUGAUUACGAAAUAGAAGGAAAAAAAAAUUGUUUUUAAUGACUACAAUCAAAUCUUUAAAGCAGUAUUAUAAGAGUGUAGUCAACGUUUGUUUAUUGAAAGUGUGAUGUGUUAAAAAGAAGCCAAGAUUAAAGAGUUUUUUACAUUUUGUGUGUUUUACGUUAGAAUUCAACAACAUAAAUAGUUUGAUUGAGGCUUGAUAGAAAGAUUGAAUUACGGGUUUUGAAAGUUGUGUGUUCUGUAGACCUUUCUCGUAUUCUUUCUUGCGUGGUUUUUGUAGCAUGUUAGUAAAACGACAAAUUUAGCUUGGACGAGAAACAAUUUGGUGCCAUUGAAGACAAAACUAUGGAUAAGUUACUAACAUUAAAAACCGUUCUACUUUAUAAAAGAUUACAAAAAAAAUACCCUUGUUCCGACAAUUUCGAGUCCAAUUUAUUGUCUAAAUGUGAAAAACAGUACAUACCAUUCGGUCAUCAAAAUAUGGUCUAUAAGAGGAAAAACGAGCUUCAAUUGCUUUUCUCAAGUCAGAAAAUUUUAUUUUCUUAUCUUCCACAAAAGAACGUGAUAAGGGGCUAUGAUUGUUUAAGAAUAAUGGCAAGGCCGCUUCAUAAUUUAACACUAUUAUGCCUUCACCCAAUGUAUUUAGGUUUGUACAAAAAAUGUUGUCAUUGUUAUGGAAGGGUUAAUUUGAUAAAUACGCUAACCGUGGAAGACAGCAGAAACGAGGUGACGAAAGAGGAAGUAAGGAUAGAUUGCAUAUCAGAAAACAUAAAACAUUUUUGUAGCUUUGUAAACGCUAUAAUGUGUGUGAGCGUUUCUGUUGUGACCAAUACGGGUCUUACUCUUGCAGGCUGUGUUUUGAUAUCUUCCUGGCUAAUACUAGCAUGGGUUCACAAAUUAAUGUUUUUUUUUUUUCAAAAAACUCAAAUGUUUGUGAACGUGUUACAAUGUUUGGAACAUGCUGAGAGAGAAUUUGGAGAUACGAUAUGGAAUUAUGUAUAUUCGGCAAUCCGAACAGCUGGUCCAGUUUACACCAAAUUUAUUCAUCGAGUUACAUGUCGAUUACAUAUGCUUCCAAAAUGGAUGAGAUUACGCUGUGAAAAAUUACAAACUAAUGUCCCCCCUCAUGCGUAUGCCUACAGUGUCGCUUUAGUUAAAAGAGCUCUUAAAAAAAAUGGUAUUGGAUGUCAUGUUUGGAUUGAUCCGGUGCCACUUGGAACGGGUUGUGUUGCUCAAGUUCAUCGAGGAAUUUUAAAAAAUGAAACUGGAUUUCAUAUUGUUGCAGUAAAAGUUUUGCAUCCAGAUAUUCAAAAGCAACUGGAUAGAGACUUGAAAAUUAUUCGUGCUAUUGGAUACGUCCUUCAUUUGAUUCCAGGCUCUCCAUUCAUAUCGCUAAAACAAGCUAUUGAUAAGUUUAGUUUGGAAAUGUAUCACCAAACGAAUCUUCAAAUAGAAGGAAAAAAUACACAAAUGUUUCAUAGCAAGUUGGGUGAUAUGCGAUUGCGGAAUUCAUCUGGACGCGUCACAUGUAAUGUGAAAGUUCCGGAAAUUUUUGAAAAAUAUUGUACCGAAUCAGUCCUUUUUGAAACAUAUGAAGAUGGAAUGCCUUUAGGUGAGUUUAUACGGUUAUGUUGUGAUUCGGGGGAUUUUAAGAAAUCAGAAAAUAAAAUAAAACAGUUCAACGUUUCAAAAGAAGUAACAAAUUCUUUUAUAUCUCAAAAAUCAAUUAAUGAUACGAAUCAAAGGGAUUAUGUUUUGAAAAACAAAAAAGCUACUAGCCGAAAACUGUAUGAAACUGCUAGUUUCUUGCUUAGAGUAAUUCAGGAUGUCCUAAAGGAAAAAUUGCGAAACCAGCUAAACGCGUGCAAAGAAUGUUUCGGUCAAAUACCUUUCAAAUAUGGAUUUUUUCCAGAGAGUGAAAACAUAAAAAAUGAUUUCACAUCAAUUUACUUUCGUAAAGCAUUAACGGAAAUGGGAUUUCAUUUAUUUUUAACAAUGGUUUUUCAGCACCGAUUGAUCCAUGCCGAUAUGCAUCCUGAAAAUAUUCUUAUUCGCUUUCCAACAUUAGAUAAAAAAGACCAUACCGUUAGUAAUUCCUCUUUGAAUAUUGAAAAAUUGUUACAAAGAGUCCGGAGUAUUUAUACUCAAGAUGUGCGACUUUGUCAAAAUCAAUUACAAAAAUUAUUACCUUUACCGUCACGUAACUCUGAGGAUUCAUCUACAAAAAAAAGUCUGAUUUGGAAGUCCUUUUAUUCACCAAUUGUUCCCCAUAAUGUCGAUUUGGAAAUUGUUUUGAUUGAUUUUGGCCAUAUUACUAUGUUGUCUGAGACCAACUACGCCAAUAUUAAAGAUCUUUUGUUCUCUAUGUGUCUUCAAGAUGGAUAUAAUAUUGGCAGAUUAUUAAUUGAUCGCUCUGAGUGUACAACAUGUACAAAUCGGCAUGAUUUUUGUCAAAGUAUAGAAGAUUUACUAAAUGACUAUUUCACAUCAAGACGGGGAAGCAUCACCUUAAGGAAUAUUGAAUUAGGUAAAUUUUUUUUUAAAAUAUUGCGAAUCGCGACGAAAUACCGGGUUCAAUUGGAUUCUUCAUUUCUUUCGUUAACGCUUGCGGCUUUACUAGUGGAAAAUGUCGGAAAACAAUUAUAUCCUGAUAUUAGCAUUAUCCCUACUUUAUUUCCCUAUGUUGCACAAACCACGUUAAAUCAGUUGAAAAUUCUAUCAUGAAUCCACAAACAAAAAAUGAUUCUUUGAUAGGUUGCUAAUUUUUUAUUGUCAUAAACAUGGUAUUUUGCAACACAAAUGACUUGAAAAACACUGAUUGUUUUCAUAAGUAAAAUAAA